GCCACAUACCAUUCCUCCUGUCGAUUCGUCUUGAUGCUAACCAUCUCUGCCUGUAUCUCAUCAUGUAUGAGUAAAAUGCAGCAGUCAUGUUCAGAAACCCUCGGGAGAAUGCCACACUUGACGCUACAACCUCCAUCCUCCCUUCGGUCGGUCGCCCGCCUACUCCCCCAGCACUGAAUGCCCGCCCUCGACCACUUACCUCCUCGCACUUCCCAUCCUCGAACACACCUGGCCGGUCCCAGCAACCAUCAAUGUCCAAGACCCCCGUGCUAGGCCGACAAGUAGGGUCCAAGAUUCCCAGCGCCAAAAAGGGUAGUUCCCGUCCAAACCAGAGCAUUCUCAAUUUCUUCGCAAAAUCCGACAAAAGCGAGAUAAAUGGAACCAAUUCUGCCACCGAGGCUCCUCUUUUCUACAAGGAUGUAAAGAAUACGUCGGAUGAACAUGAAAUCCUUGCAGAUCCUCUGCCUCAGACACACGAAGAAAUAAACGGCAGAUUCAAUGAAGUUGAAACUCCUGUCAAGCGAAGGCGGAUUGAAGAUUGGGACCUUGAUACUGAGAUCCGCACACCUUCACCGCAAAGAAAGCCAUUGAACAAUGACGAAAAUGUCGACAUAACAGAGUCUCGGCCAUCCGAACACUCUAGGCUCAAGACUCCGAAACGCCGAGGUGGGUUUGUGGACGAUUCGAGCGAUGACGAAGGCGAAGUGGCUGUCAAAGCGCCUACAGAACAUGGAACUAGCGUUGAAACGCCUGCUCAAGAGCAAGACAAUUAUACGAAUGACUCACCAACUAUUCCAGACAAAUUUACAACCAAACGUUCUAUCGGCAAAUCACCAGACACCCUUGAUCCUAGCACCAUUGAAGAAUUGCAUAAUCUUACCGAGACGUCAGAGCAAGUCCCUAGCCUUGUUCGCGAAGGUACAAGCAUAUACCACGCAGGAGAUUUUGGGGACGAUGAUUUUGAGAACGAUGAAUUUUUCGAAGAGGGUGAAGAGUACAUGGAACGAAAAUGGAUGGAAGAACAACGAGAUAUGGAGACAGGCUUGGAUGAAGACUCAAAAUCGGAAAGUGAGGAUGAGAGCGUACAAACGCCGCAAAGUCAUCUUGACGUUGAGACGCCUAUUCAACAUUCCCCCAAUGAUUCCAUUUCUGUUUGUCCAAUCUGCAGUGGUACUUUAAAAGGGCUGUCCGAAACGCAGGCCUCGAGCCAUGUUAACGCCUGCAUCGACGGAACUGCUUCGCCAUUGCCCUUGACCCCUGCAGAGAGGCAGUUGGAACCAACGGGCUCAGAUGGACCAAGCCUGAAACCACAUACCGGAGGUUUAAUGUCUAGGCGAUUCCAACGAUCCGCUAUUGCACGCCCGGCUCAAGCGAAUCCCUUUGCCUUGAGCAAGGAAUCGAAAGGCAACUCUGCGUUCUCCCGACUCAUGUCUGGUCAUGCCGAAGAUGCUGCAUGGGCAGAAGCGGCUUCAAACGAAAACCAGUCCAGGGGCAAACCGGCAUAUCAACGCACCUGUCCUUUCUACAAGAUCAUGCCUGGCAUGUACAUUUGUGUGGAUGCCUUCCGCUAUGGAAAAGUGGAGAAUCAAAGCGCUUACUUUCUCAGCCACUUUCACAGUGACCACUAUAUUGGUCUUACAUCCUCCUGGUGCCAUGGCCCGAUUUAUGCAAGUAAGGUGACCUGUAAUUUGAUGGUACAGCAGCUCAAGGUUGACCCGAAAUGGGUCGUUCCUCUAGAGUUUGAGAAGAAAACUGAAGUCCCAAACACCAAAGGUGUCUUUGUCACCAUGAUCCCAGCAAAUCAUUGUCCUGGCUCAUCGCUUUAUCUUUUUGAGAAGGUGAUUGGCAAGAACUUUGACGGCUCUCCAAAAUCAACUCGCAUCUUACACUGCGGGGACUUUCGCGCUUGUCCAGCCCAUGUCAGUCAUCCUCUCCUGCGACCAGAGGUUGUCGACAGCGUCACGGGCCAAACAAAGGAACAGAUCAUCGAUACUUGUUACCUGGACACCACAUAUCUCACACCCAAGUAUGCGUUUCCCAGUCAGCACGAUGUCAUAGAUGCCUGUGCAAACAUGUGUGUUAGCCUGUCCAAGGAGAUCAUCGACACGGGAGAUGGGUGGGAGAAAGCCAAGGCUGAAAGAGCUGGAAGCAGCAUGAAGAAGUUUCUGGAGCAGGGUGAGCACAGUGCUGUCAAAGACGAAGACGCCGACGCCGACGCGUCAGAUAAGAAGCCAAAGGCGCGGGGCCGGCUUCUCGUGGUGAUUGGCACUUACUCGAUAGGCAAAGAGAGAAUUUGCCUGGGAAUUGCCAAAGCACUAAAUUCGAAGAUCUACGCACCGCCUGCCAAGAUGCGAAUCUGUGCUUGUCUAGAGGAUGAGGAGUUGAACAGCCGACUAACGAAAAACCCGUUGGAAGCACAGGUCCACAUGCAGACCCUGAUGGAAAUCCGAGCAGAGACGCUUCAUGAUUACAUGAUGACCUACAAUGGACAUUUUGCCCGAGUGGUGGGUUUUCGACCAACAGGAUGGUCAUACCGCCCCCCAACAUCACGCUUUACAGAAAAUCCUGCCGUCAACUCAGUGCUACACUCAGAAGGCUGGAAGACACGAUAUUCGAUGCGAGACCUAGCACCACAGCGAGGUAGCACACGAGAAUCCAACUGCUUUGGGGUGCCAUAUUCAGAGCAUAGCUCAUUUCGGGAGUUGACCAUGUUCUGUUGCGCAUUACGAAUCAAGCGGAUCAUCCCCACCGUCAAUGUUGGAAGUGCCAAAAGUCGUGAGAAAAUGAAGGGAUGGAUUGAAAAGUGGGACUUGGAGAAACGUAAAAAUGGACUGUACAAGGUCGAGGUUGGAGCUGAAGGCUGGGGUUCGGGCGAUGGUGCUCUUCGCUACGGCGUUUGAGAUGGCCCUGACUAAUCGUGGUUGUAUAUAUAAUAACACUCAGUCAACGCUCUUAGAUGAG